CAGUCGUGUGCAGCCCGGCGACCCGUGCGAACCUGCCGCAGCGCGUAGGCAACCCGCCAGGCAGCUCGCAGCGGACGCGCGACCCUCCGACUCCGGAACGAGAGGCACGCCCCUGCCGGACCGCGCGGCCUGCCAGGGAGUUUACUGAGGCGCGUUAGCUGCCUGUGAUGUCGUGCCGCUUGACCGAGACGUGAGGGCCUGCAGUGUGUGAAGCACCCGCCGCCACGCUCCAAGCGUAAAGCAGAGCCGACUCUCGUUUACCAUGGCGGUCGGUGUCCUGCCCACGUCCUGUCUUUUCCUGAUGAUGUGCGCGGCGAUGGCCGUGUGCCAGCAGAGGCCUGGCCCGCCCCCAGGGAGCUCUCCGCCCCCGCCGCCGCCCCCCGCGCUGCCACGGCUCCUGGCAGCCUUCGCCGGCACGGUCCCGGCCGCCGCCUCUGAGGAAGACACCAGUGCUGCGUCUGCCACCGGCGCGACCACCGUCUCCACAGCCACAGCCAGUGCUGAGGUACCCAGCACAAACCGCGAGGACGUAUCUGGCGGAAGCAGCGGCGCAGCGACUCCAGCAGGCGCCAGCGGCAUCAGCAGCGAAGCUGAUAUUGGCAGCAGUCAACAUGUCUUCAGCAGCAGCCAGGAAAGCGAUAGCAGCAGUCAGACUGGCAGUAGCAUCAGUCAGGCAGUCAGCAGCAGCAGUCAGGCAGUCAGUAGCAGCAGUCAGACCACUAACAGCAGCAGUCAGACAGCACUUAGCAGCAGUCAGACCGCUAGCAGCAGUCAGGCUGCUAGCAGCAGUGUUUCUGAGGUCGCAGCAGCACCCACAGCGGCCUCUGAGCCGCCUGCUACCACCACGUCCGCCCCUGCAGCUACUCCAGCCACCAGUGGGGCACCCAGCAGCAGCAGCAUCACAACCACAACCGUCACCACCACUAUCACCACCAAUGCUGCCACCACACCCCCACCACCACCGCCGCCUAUCACCUUCUCUGGCGACAACCCUGCCAUCAGGGAAGAGUCGAGUGGUAGCCCUACAGCACUAGAAGGGUCCAGUGGCAGCUCUGUGGCCCUGGAAGGGCUCAGCACCGCCGAGCCACGCCCCCCUCUGCCGCCUCCCAGACCACCGCACCGCAUCCCGUCUCGUCUCGAGGAGAAGCUUGAGUCACUCUCCUGUGACAUUCCUCCACUGCCCUCUGAAUCGCGCCUCUGGAGGGGGAACGAGACACACGAGCUCCUGCUGCCCAUCAUUGUGACGCCCGACUGCGAGGGCGAGGAGGCGGAGGAGGGCGGCGACUGCGCGCCCGUCUCCGUCAGCUGGGAGGGCGGCGCCGAGCUGCAGAGCGGCGACGUGCUGCUGGUGCGCAUCGACGACUCGAGGCUGGUGGCCGGCCGGCACGCCAGCGCCCGGACCCGGCCGGGCCACCUGCCCGGAGGCCGCUACGGCCCGCCGCAGGACGACAGGCGGCGCCAGCCCGAGACGGCCGUGUACCAGGUCACCCGCCCGGGACACGACCACUGUGACGUCACGGAGGGCGUGUUGCUCGACAUCACACCUCUUAUCGUGGACGGCCGCAAGGUCGUGACGCUGUACGACAAGGACCUCACCGAGGGCAUCAAUCUGCUCAUCGUGGUUUCGGAGCGCUGGGGCGGCCAGUGUGUGCGGCUGAGGGUGCUCGUUAAGUCCGACAACUGCGGAGAGAACCAGGACUGCUCAGCCAAGGGCGUCUGCUUCUCCAACAUCUCCAUGGAGGGCUACGAGUGCCAGUGUUGCCCCGGUUUCGUGGGCCCACACUGCGAGGAACGCGACGCCUGCUACCCCAGCCCGUGCCGCAACAACGGCAUCUGCGUCGACCUGUCGCAGGGCCAGGGCGGCAACAGCUUCCAGUGCCUCUGUCCAUACGGCUUCACCGGCAAGACGUGCGAGGCGGAGGCGGACCCGUGCGGCUCUGCGCCGUGCCAGAACGGCGCCACGUGCGUGCGCAACGCGACGCACUUCCGGUGCGUGUGCCCCACGGGCUUCGCCGGCGAGGUGUGCCAGCGGCCGCUCAACCAGUGCGAGUCGUCGCCCUGCAAGCACGGCAUCUGCGUGGAGCAGGAGGACGGGUACCGCUGCUUCUGCCGGCCAGGUUUCACGGGCAUGAACUGCGAGUACGAGUACAACGAGUGCGAAUCUUCCCCAUGCAUGCACGGCGGCACCUGCACGGACCAGGUGGGCCGCUUCUCGUGCGCCUGCGGCCGCGGCUACACCGGCAACAGGUGCCAGGUCAAGGUUGACCUGUGUGACCCCAACCCCUGCCACGACCACCACUACUGCGUCGACCGCGGCAACAAUUACACCUGCGAGUGCCCCAAAGGCUUCUCCGGACCCGACUGCCUCAUCCCGUCACGAGCGGCGUGCAGCGUGAAUCCGUGUCGUCACGGCGGCACCUGCUGGAGCAGCGUCGACUCCUUCUACUGCGCCUGUCGGCCGGGCUACACGGGGAAGACCUGCCAAGAGGAGUUCGUGCUGGAGGCGAUGCCGAGCGCGAUGCCGCGGGCGACGGGCCGCGACGGCCAGCUGGACCUGCAGAUGCCCAUCUCCAUCCACCUGGACCACCUGCACAACGUGUACAUCGCGGCGGGGACGCUCGCCUGCGCCGUCGUCAUCGUCGUGCUCACGGUAGCGGCGUGCCACUGCCGCGUGCACGAGACGUACAAGCGGUGCUUCCUGAACGCGUCGCCGCUGCUGCCCUGCAAGCUCUCCAGGCUGGACGACCCAAAGUCCCCCAGGACGCCUUUCCUUGGCCGCAGGGGCAGCCGGGCCUCCAUGCUGGAGCACGACCGAGAGAGGGAGCGCGACCGCGACCGAGAGCGGGAGAGGGGGAAGGCGGGGCCCGCGGGGGGCGGCGGCCGCUUCCCCGCCCUCGACACCGCCGAGAUGUACUACACGCUCGACUUCAGCGACAGCCAGAGCUCGCCGCUCAUUCAGUAGAGUCUUGGGCCAAAGGCGUUCUGGUUCAGCCGGGCCCCGCGCGCUCUCGCACACAGGAAGCCAGCCUCUGCAGCAGCCGUAUGUUUACGUUUGCAUAGUGCUACUCGCAGCAGCGCAUGUGUUCCCAAAGAAUCGACACACACACACACACACAUACACACAGGACGGAGAACAAAAUACUAACAUUAUGUUACUUUUACUGGUAAUCGCAAACUGCCUCCUGUAACGUCAACACGCCCUCAAAUUUCACGGUACCGAAACAAUAUUUUCUAUUUUUUUUUAGAUACCAAUUAUCACGUGUUACUCUUUGUCAUGAAUAAUGAGUAGCAUUAACCCACUUCUACUAUGCUUUACACAGUCAAUAUUACCCUUUGUGAGACAAUACUAUCGCUAUCGGUUUGUCACCACUCAGCUUAUGUCUCUAGAAUAUUAAAAAACUGUAACAGCGUACCUGCAGCAUUUAUAAAAAGCAUAGUACUAAGGGUUCUCCUCCAUCAUUAAAAUAAUCCACUUAUGCCCCUGUCAGUCCCAUUUCACUCGUCAAUCUACUGAGAACAUAAGGUCAGAAAGAACGAAAUAAAAACUGAAGUUGGUCCUUUAUCCAUAUUGCAGGAAACUCAUAACAGACAGCAAACAUGUUUCAAUCUCACAGAAUUAGAGUAAUGUGAUCAUCUUGACAUCACUAUAAAAAUGAGCUAAUUUUGGAAGAUAGGACUGUGUACAAGAGUAACUCAGUAGGUAACGCUCUCCUUUUUUAAUUUUUUUUGCAUGAUAGGAAAUGCUAUAUACAUGCAAUAAGAGAUACAAAAAUUGAGAUUUAUUUAGUCACAUUUCAGUGUAAUGAUGUUUCUCAACCAUUUCUUUCUACCUUGAAAGAAGUGCAUGUAUAUCACUGUAAUUAAAAUCACGGUCCUCCAUCAAAAACGUGAACCUAAAACUUGCUUGUAGUCAUAAUUUUCGACAGAAACUCUUUCCCCUCCAUAUUGAAGCAAUAUAAAAGAUCGGAUGUAGAUGUUUUCUCUGCGUCUUCAACCUGGUUUGUCAACAUCAUCAGUACCCAGCUUGCACAAACCUUUCAGGAGCUCUGUUUUUUCAUAAUGCCACUCACACUCUCUUUAUCAAUGGAUAUCUGGUGAUAAGAUUCAUCUGUUAUGGUCCAGCUGCCAUCACAGACACACUUGAUGUAGUUGAUGCACUUCGUGUUGUAUGACAUCAUUCCAGUCACUGACCAGCCACUAAGCAUCAGAUAACUGUGUUUGAGCUUCAGGUCCUCUACAGCAGGGAACCGACCAUCUAAGAGUGCAAACACCCACCACAUCAUCUCUGUACAUCUUCUUCAGUGUUUCAUGAAUGUGAGUGGACAUCUCAGUUCCUGCAGUAAGGAAUUUAGUCACAGACUGCACUCUUACACAUACCUUAGCAUCUGGUACUUUCUAAACUUAUACAUUGAUGCCACCUUUUGCUGUAGGAAUGUGUUACUGCAGUGGGCUGUAGAAGGUGAUUUGGGAAAGUGAACUAAAUUCAUGAUUACUACAUUGUCUACUUCGUGAAGAAGGGAAAAAGAGCGUCAUUCCUACCUGACUGGCACUCAUAAAAUAAAUUGCCGAUCCUCUCAUGUGACAUAUGGUGGAUAAAUGUGGAGAAUACAUCAGAUACUAGGAACACAAAGAGGCUUUUAGGCUAAGGAAUUCUGACAAGUCAUAGGUAGCUAACCAUGUAAAACAAAUUAGGUCAACCCUUAAAGGAGAACAUGAUUUAGAAGUCUUACACUUGGGAAAGAAUGUAAGAUUCUCUGGAAGAGUUAGAAAUAGAUAUUCAAGAAAACAGUUUCGACAAUCAAAUUCACAUGAAGCACAUAAUGAGGGUUUUAAAAGUUUCUGGAUGUAUUUCAAUGCAAAUGCAUAGAAAACUAAUGAGUACUUACUUGAUGCAACAGUUAGAAUUUGUGUGAACCUGGACAUCAGUAUACAAUCAGUAUCUUUGAAAAUAUCGAACAAUAUGUACCAAGGAAAUGAUGUCAUGGUUCAGAAAGCAAUUGCAAAUGCAUGGUAGUACCUUCAGAAAGCAACAGUUAAUGACUGUAUUAGAAAUAUCAAGAGGAUACCAUUGGUGCUCACUGCUAAUAAAGAUGGCCAGGUGCACCGAUACUGUGUGUUACAAGGACAGAAGUGGACAAUUUUAAUUAUGACGAGCACCUAUGCCUUAUGGUUAUUUCAUUUCAUAGUCAAAGUAUUAAAUUUUAUUUUAUGGAUACAAGAAAUGUGUUUUAUGAGUUUCCAGCGUUUCUAGUAUUGUAGAACUGAGAAUUAUCAACCUGACGAUAUAUUUAUUGUGUCUCACAACAUGUUGCUCCCUGUGUAAGACACAGUUAAGGUAUCUGAAUGCUACUCAUCGUCCCUGGAAUUGAAACAAGUUUAGAAAAUGAUAUUAUGUAUUGUGCCAAACUUUUCACUGUACGUUUAGUAUGGGAAAUUUUUUAGUAGCUGAGAUAUUCAAGCAACAAAAUGCUUUACAAGAAACAUCAGCGAUCAAAAAGUCACAUGAUAUAUUAUUCACAUAAAAGUCUGAACCAAAAUGUCACGUAAAUGUUUUCGUAUUCAACUACACUCUGUAAUUUAUCUUAUGAAUCUUUUUGUGAAAAAGUAUAUUCUGCCAUAAAGAGAAAAGAACAACAGAUGUAAAAAGUGAAGAACCAAAUACAUUUGUGUAGUUUUGUCAACCCAUUACACAAAGUGCCUACUGUUCAUUUCAAUGAAAUCCUUCUGACAAUGCGAUCCCUUCAUGAUAUAACAAAAACUGCAGGAGUUUCUGCUACAUGAGACUCAUCCUGAUGACUGGUGCCUGCAAUUGUAGACGAAAUGUUGGCAGUUUCUUUUUUGUAUCAUGACACCAACUGACAUGCCGGAAAAUUUUAUUUAAAUAGACUCCACAGUGGAAGCCUACACUCAUACAACUCUUAUUAAAGUAGUUUCCAUUUAACUGAGUGUUUGAAACUGUAAUGUUAAUGAAUGAAAUCAACACUGUCUGAUGUAUAAUUUGCUCACUAGAUAGCACCAAUCAUAUCUAUGCAAGUACCAUUUUUUCAUAAUAUAUAGAUAAUGAAUGCCAAAUAAAAGCUUCAUUCUUUGCCACAAGUUGUGAAAAAUCGAGAAGUGACUUCAAAAAAUCGAAUGGAAGCCAGUUAUAUCAUCUUGAAAAUGGCAGUUUAGAAUAUAUGAAAUACAUUUGGACCUAAAACGUGUAAGUUCUGCUAAAACUGAGAUCAAGAGAGCAUUGUCAUCUUCAUUUCAAUGUAGACUUCCGAUAUUCACACUGUGUCAUUGCACUUGCCCUUCAUAUAUAAAAUAUUUGUGGAACUUUUUUCCGAACUGCUUCACUGCAAUUAUUUCAGAGUGUUGUAUUAAUAUUUCAUCUUUUUGCACUGGUUGUGAAUACUGACUAAAAGAAUUUAUCAUAGCAUAUAAAAGAGUUAGAAUCAUGUUAAUAUCUCGGCAUGGGACAUAGAUACAGAUGAAGAAGAUUAAGACGAAAUGUUGGAUGGAAAUGCGAUUUUGAUUCUGUAGCAACUAUGAAAACUUGAGACUGUUAACGUUACAUGAGGCACAAUUUCUAUGCCUUGACAAAUGUCAAAGUAUGUAAAAACGAAUACAAGACAAACAUUCAUACCUUGGUGAAUUUUUCUAAAAAUUCCCUAGCAAAAAGCAGUUGCUUGUAGAGACUGCAUUGUGGCAACAUCAUUUGCCUUUUCCACAGUCAUGUUUCUGUAAAGUGCAGAAGGGAGAGGUAUCCUUGAGAAUAAAACUUUAUUUUGUAGCACCCGGUAUAACUUCACAGCAAGAAAAGUUUUUUGAUAUCUGUAUAGAAGAGCAAUUAAUGCGUUGCAAUUACAGCUUCAAUUAGAACACUAUUUCCUGUCGAAUAUUGACAUCUAGAAUACAGUCUGUUAAUGCGAUACCUCUCGGAUGGAAACUGCAGCAGUGUUUUGAGACAUGAAAGUAGAAAAUAAUGGGCUUCUUGCAGGCAGGGAAUUAUCGGAAAGAAAAAUACGAAACAUGUUAGUGUCAAUUUAAUCUGACGGGUUUCUCAAUAUUCAGUUAUAAUGUUGGCAAUCACGAUAGAUGUUUAGUGUGAGUAAAUAUUUGCUAUGUGUUUAUUCUGAUUAACUAAAUUCAUUAGAUAACAUCAAUAUUCUUCGUUAUCUACAAACAGAUAUCCGACACACAGACAUUACUGCGAUAUAGUAGCCUUUAUGAAUUGUAAAUAAAUUUUACAUGCUUUCUUAAUGUGCCACAUCAGAGACUCACAAAUAUAGGAACAUCAAAUGCAACAGUUCACCUUACUUACUUAUUUUGCUGUCAGAACAUUAGAAGGUGGAACAUACAGUUCAAAUCAAACAAAAUUCUUUAGACAUAUAAUUCUGCAAGCAUAUUUUGCAAGGCUAAUUAGAGUAAAUGAGAACUGGCACUUUGUAUUUGCACAUAGCUCAGAAACUAAAUUGUUUAGUUCAGUAUUUGCUUUGUAACAAAUAUUCGUGAAAUUUUACUGUACACCAAGCAAAAUAUGCUCACAUUGAGCACCAAUACAAUUUAUUGAUUUCUUGCUUGGAUAAAAAAAAAAAUGUUUGCAGUUUUCGUGGCCACUUGUCGACAUAUUGGCUGUUAGCUUCUGUCUUGGGUUCUUUGGCCAGAGUUUCAUUCCAAUGGCUCUAAGCACUUUGGGACUUAACAUCUGUGGUCGUCAGUCCCCACCAGUGUUUGUUUGACGAUUUUUCUGACGUUUAGUUAGUGGGAGUGUCUGGGGCGGUCAAAGCUUCACCCCUCCCCCUCUCAUUGUUGAUGUUGAACUGGAUUCUAGCCCAUGACCGGCAGUUAUUAUGUACCUAUAUUACCAACGUGUGAGGGUUUUUCACUGGUCAUUACAUUUCCUCAUCUACUUUGUAUGCGGUACAUUCCUGACAUUGCAAAUGGAACAUUUUUGCCCUCAACCGAUCUGAGACACUCUUAGGUUGUUAACUGGUAAGUGGAAACCUCUGGUGAACAGUAGAGCACUUAAAAGAAGCAAAAAAGUGCAGAUACACUCAAGAUAAAUUUUUUUAAUUUUCUUAGUUACAUAUUUCUCUGUUACAUGUUUGUGUGCUUUCUGUCUUUUUUCAAAUUUCUAACCCAAUUGUAAAGAUAUUUUUCUCUUUUCAAGUGUUGUCUUCUGAUGGCUAAAUGAAAUGCUUAAAGGUCUACCCUUAACUUUGACACAAGUUCUAAACUCCGCAUCAUGGAUUGUCUUAAUCACUCCUAUAUUCCAGGUGUCUGCUGUAUCUCCUGAAAUACAGAGAAUAACACUAAGGUGAAGGAUCUCAUCAUUUGCAAUAGAACUUGAAUACAACAUUUUCUUUAACUGCUUCAAAAAACAAAAAGUCAGUGGAUUGAGGUCAAGAUGCUGCUCUACCAUCUAACUAUUGAUUUGAGAAAUGCUGAUAUAAAAAUUCUCCUUGCCUGCAAUACAAACUAAAUGCUAGGACAAUAACUAGUAGGGAGCAAGUUUCCACUACUGAUUGUUAUCUUGAAACUAAAGGGAUUUAUUUGUUUACUGGUACCAUGGGAACAACUAAGAAGAAUUAGAUGUAACACAUCCCAGAACGAACAACAUACGAAACGAAAAAAUAUCUGUGGAAUCGAGGUGAAAAUGUAACGAAGAAAAGACAGAAAUAUAGCAAACAUGCAGCAACAGAAUGUAUCUGUGAUUGAGAAACUAAACAAAAUUUACAGCUGAACUUUUUUAUUUCUUUUUAAGUCCUCUGUCAAUUCAUUUGACGUUUUCCAAUUAAUAGUUAAUGUUCUGUAUGUAAUCUCUGACUGAUAGCACCAGCAAAGAAGGCUUAACUUUGACAAUGCCAGCCACUCGCGUUGGUGAAACGUCAGAAAAAUGGUCAAUGAACGUCGUCCAAAAAGCUUGAGACAGAGGCGAACAGGGAAUACAUAAUUUAAAAAAUUUUCAAGGAUAAAAAUUCAUAUGAUGUGUUGCUUAUUCGACACACCACAGCUACAGUUUGUCAAAAAUUCUCGUUCUCGGAAGGUACUAGCUUGAGCAAUGGAUUUGGUGUAUUAUCAUAACGAAUUUUAGUUUCUUCUAUUUAUAUUCCACUACUGAUGUUUCUAUUAAUACAGAAGUAUAUUAUUUCCAUUUUUAACUACAAUUAAUGAAUGUUCCAUUUAAAUAAUUCUUCCGUCCGAGGUAGUGAACACAUGUGAUUUGACUAUGUGCUCUCAGAUGCAGUUGCUUUCUUAUACUUGCCAUAAGUAAGAGGUAAAUUACAUAGAGCAUAGAUGCGAAUAUUCGCCCAGUUCAGGAAAGCACGAGAUUCACACAAAUGGCGCCUUCUAUUAGUCUCGAUUGUAGUCCAUGUUUCUUAAGGGUCAGUUUUAUUUGGCAUUUGGCAGUAAUUAAUGUAACUUUGUAGUUGUUAGAUUUGUAGCAUCAACCAUGUAGAGAGAAUUGUUGCUGAAAACGUAGUUGUAGAAACAAAUCGUUUUUGAAGUGUUUUUCGAAGAAGUUCAAAUGUUAAAUUAUUUAUAGUGGAAUUGAUUCAGAAGACUUUAUCAACACAAAUUUAGUGCCAAAGAAGUUUUAAUGUUAAAGUAGUUGUGCCAAAUAAGAAAACAUAAUCAGUGAUCAGCAUCAAAAAAGGUGCAUUCACUUCAAACAAGGGUUAUGGCUGGGGGCAAAGGAUCAUUUCAGCAUGGAGCACGAAUUAAUCACAAUUUUUAAGGAUAACUGGGAACCUGUUGUAAUUUUUUAAUAACCUGAAAAUUUAUCAUGAUAUCCUAAUAAAUUCAUGAAAAUCAUUUUGUCUUUCUCAGUAUAUGUAAUGUGUAAUUUAUUACCUGUCUUACUUGUUACCAUAUACCAUAUAUUCUUUGAAAUUCCAGUUCAUAAAUACCAAUAUAUUUUGCUGUGUCUUAUGGUAAAACAAUUUAGGCUACUUUGUCUGACACAUCUUCAUGUACAUUUUUAUACGUCAGACUGGAAUUUGAGUGAGAUGCUUGUAACUAACCCUGGUUUAACUUUCUCACCAACUACAAAGGUAUGUUCACCGCUUAAAAUUAAGCAUAUGUCUGCAGUCCAUCCAUUACACUUGCAAUUAUUUAUGUAAAGAUUAUUUCUCUCAAUGUGAUGGCAAUUAAUGUAAGAAAUAAACUAAUAAUAAUAAAUUGGUAUAAAUUAA